CAGAAAUUUGAAUAAAAAAAGAAAAAGGAAAAAUCGUGACAGAUCUGUAAGUGUAUUGUCUCUCCCCGUGCUUCCAGGGAGGACACCGUGGAGAGGAGAGGAGAAAUGGCGGUUGUAAGGGUCAAGUCAUCGUGACAACAGGACAGGACAGGACAGGACACCUUCUUCUUCUUCUUCUUCUUCUUCUUCUUCUCUUUUAAAGAAUAUAAUUUCGGCAGUUUGUUAUUAAUAGGAUGAUAAUAAUAAUAUAGAAUAUUGGUCAUAAGCUUUCUUAACUGCGAGGUUUUCCUUCUUUUUAUACCCUUUCCAUUCCAAGCUUCCCUUCCUUCCUUAUGCCAACACCUGCUGUGGCUUAAUUAAUUAAAAUGACGACAAGAACAAUGAGGAGGAGACUACAUCAUGGUGACGUUGAUGGAAAAAGGAACGACGAACUUUUUGAUUCUUCUGAGGUUGAUGGUUUAAGCGAACCUUUACUCGGCAAUCACAUUGAUGAUUCUUCAGUUCCCGUACCCAUACUUGAAGAUCUAUGGGACGAUGAACGGAGGAAGCAGCACAUUCACUGGACUUUUGUGUUUUCGCAAUUGAUUGCGCAGUGGGCGCAAUGGUUAGCAAAUAUUGUGCUAGGUUCUGGAUCACUUAUUGCACGGCUUUUGCCUCUUUCUUCUCUCAGUCAAAAUGGAUCAAACAGGAAGCUUCUUCAACCUUCUCUUAGUCCUUUACAGGAAGCAAGACUUCGAGAUCUGCAGCAAAGGUUGGGAGUUCCCUUUGAUGGUUCUCAGGCAGAGCAUCAAGAUGCACUUAAACAAUUAUGGAGGCUUGCUUACCCCGAUAGAGAGCUCCCGUCUUUAAAGUCUGAGCUUUGGAAAGAUAUGGGUUGGCAAGGCUCAGACCCAUCAACUGAUUUUCGGGGUGGAGGGUUUAUAUCACUGGAGAAUCUGAUCUUUUUUGCCAAGAAAUAUCCGGACUCAUUCCAGAGAUUGUUGAACAAAAGAGAUGGAACUAGAGCUGAGUGGGAGUAUCCCUUUGCUGUGGCUGGCGUUAACAUUUCUUUUAUGCUGGCACAAAUGUUGGAUCUUCAGACAGGGAAGCCAUCCACUCUGGCAGGAGUUAGAUUCUUAGAACUACUAGCAGACGAUGAAAUGGCAUUUGACAACCUUUAUUGCAUAGCAUUUCAAAUGAUGGAUGCUCAGUGGCUUGCAAAGCGGGCUUCAUAUAUGGAAUUUAAUGAUGUUUUGAAGUCUACAAGGACGCAGUACGACAAUACAGUGUAAAAAUAAAUAAAAAGUUUCCCUGUCCAUCUGUGGAAUUGAUACAUGUAGCGUUCCAAUCAAAUCUGUAAGAAGAAACCCUUUUUAUUCAUAAUCAUGAAAACCAAUUACAGUUUCCAAUAGUAA